CAGAACCUCCACUGCCCACUAGGCGGCAGCGUGAGACAACACCGGAAAUGUCCCACUCGUUAUAUCAGUUCCUUUAAGGAUGUUGAAGUUUUGUAGUUCCUGGGUUGUUGACCUGUCAGCGUUGUAGUACAAGCUGUCACUGCUGACUUUUUCUGUCCUUCACAUAGUUGUAUUUUCGGCCAAUAACACAAGGAGACUCAGUGCGUCGGACCCACAGGGUUGUUCGUAACGUAUUUACCGUUGUUGCUGGUGUCAGCUAACCAGCGAGCUAACGGCUAAAGUUAGCUAACAAGCCGACUAGCUUUACAGCCAGCUUGCUACCUAGCAUCCGACGGUAGCAGGGUUAGCUAGCUUUGUUUUUGCUGUUAGUUAGCUAACCUGCAUUACGAAGACGCCCACUCCUGCAAAGCAGCAUUCCGGACAAAAGAGCGAACAAUGGAGGCCCAAAGCUCCAGCGAAAUGCUGCUGUCCAGAAAAAGGAGAAGAGAGAGCUCCAACUGGGAGACCGAGGAGGGAGAGAGGCUUGGGAAAAUCCCCAGAUGUACUGUGGGAUUGAAGCACCCUGCACCUUUUGCAGAUGAGCUGGUGCGUGACGGUAAACCCUACGAGAGAGUCAGCAUGGAGGAGGCUAAGAGGGGAACACAGCCUAACAGACCUGUGCGAGUGUAUGCAGAUGGCAUCUUUGAUGUUUUCCACUCUGGUCACGCCAGAGCGCUCAUGCAGGCUAAAUGCCUCUUCCCAAAUACACACCUCAUUGUAGGAGUGUGCAGCGAUGACCUGACCCACAAAUACAAGGGCUUCACGGUGAUGAAUGAGGACGAGCGAUACGACGCCAUCAGACAUUGCCGCUAUGUUGAUGAAGUGGUGCGAAACGCUCCCUGGACGCUAACACCCGAGUUCCUCAAAAAACAUCGCAUUGACUUCGUGGCCCAUGACGACAUCCCAUACAGCUCUGCAGGCAGUGAUGAUGUCUACAAGCACAUCAAGGAAGCUGGUAUGUUCGCUCCCACCCAGCGGACAGAGGGCAUCUCCACCUCCGACAUCAUCACACGCAUAGUGCGUGACUACGACGUGUACGUCAGACGCAACCUGCAGAGAGGAUACACAGCGAAGGAACUCAACGUCAGCUUCAUUAAUGAGAAGAAGUACCACCUGCAGGAGCGCGUAGACAAGGUGAAGAGGAAGGUACGCGACGUGGAGGAGAAGAGCAAAGAGUUCGUCCAGAAGGUGGAGGAGAAGAGCAUCGACCUCAUCCAGAAGUGGGAGGAGAAAUCCAGGGAGUUCAUUGGCAACUUCCUGCAGAUGUUUGGCCCCGAGGGAGCUCUGAAGCACAUGCUGAAGGAAGGGAAGGGCCGCAUGCUCCAGGCCAUCAGCCCGAGGCAGAGCCCCAACAGCAGCCCCACCCGCGAGGAGCGCUCCCCCUCUCCCACCUUCCGUCUCCCCUUCUUCACCAAGACCUCCCCACCUCCCUCGCCUCCCCCCCACCACAGCGGGGCCCGCGGGUACCUCAUCAGCGAGGACGACGACGAAGAAGAAGACGAAAACUAGAGCGCGUUCGAAUCCUUCACAGUCGCUACUAGAUACCUGAGCGGUUUUCAUGGAGCUCCUGCUUCCAUUUCUUUUUGUUUAAAAUUUUACUUUUUGUUUUUAAACACUUCAGUGUCACGUUGACGGACGGUUUUGUGCACGGCAUUUGUUUUUAACUGCCAGCUUUGUCCUUUUGUUUUUUUCCUGUUUUUGUGUAAUGGUCAGUAAAAGUCACCACUAGUCUCAUUUAUCGCUUCCGAUGUGGAGGUCAGUAGUCACUCACUGUCACUUAGGCCUGUUUGCGAGGGUUACUGCUCCAUCUGUGACGGUGUUCUCAAGGUAGUGAGGUAGGGGGUUUGAGUUUGUCACGCUUUAGCGGGAGGGCUCGCAGGUUUAGGGUUCACUGGAACAGCACAUCUAGUGACGGAGACACUGUUGAACAUCUCCGGAGGACGUUUUUCAGAGCAGGUCUGAAAAACUGGACAUUUAAACGGUCUGCUCAUGUGGAGCAUAUUCUGCUUAUGCUAACAACAAAACCAACCUAACCUUUUUUUUUUUUUUUUCUUUUUUUUUAAUUAACGGGGAAAUUCCAGAUUAUGUCAAAUCUGAGCUGAACCUGAGAGUCUAGUGUUAUGCGUCUUCUAAACAGCAACUUUUCCCCUCAACUUUGUCUGCCUGCUUUCAUGCUGUGUGUGUGUGUGUGUGUGUGUGUGUGUGUGUUUGUGCAUGUGAUGUUUUUGCUUGCCAGCUCUUACGUCAGCAUGCUCACACGUCUUCUGUCAACCACCUGUUGACAGAUUCAGCUUUGACUUUACUGCAUUUAAUCAUAAAUUUCAUUUUUAAAGUUUUUUGUCUGCUGACAAGAAUCGGUUUUUAGAAGACAAGUUAUAACUGGACGCCUUUCUCGUGGCGUAAAAAGAAGGUUCUGCAACGACGACCCAUUUAAAUGUUGUUUGUAGAUUUCAUCUUUCCUUUCAUCCUCUGUACAGAUAAUAUGAAUCUACUUUGUUUAGAGAUGCGUUUACCCCUCGAGCAAUGAAUCAAGAUAAGCAAGUUAUAUAUAAGUAUAUACAUAGAUAUGAUUCUUUUUCUAAUGCAGAUCACCUGGGCCUGGAGGGAAGUAAUAACUUCCAUCUGAUAUGUGUGAAAACUUUAGAAAGUAAGAAGUUUUCAUACAUCAAAGCAGACCUGAGAACUGUACCAAUGCCCCAAUCCUCAUAAUAAAGGACAUCUUUUGUUUAGUUGAAGUCAUAAGCACACUUUUCUGAUCAUUGCCUCGUCAUUAGUAGCGCACACACAUACGUGGGAUACACAAGGCCGUCCAAAACAUUCGUGGCUUUUUUCCAACAGUUUAAAGAUGCCUUUUGUCAGACUGCAGUGUGUCACAUGGUGGUGUGAGGGGCUUAGGUUUCUGUAUCAGAUCAACGUUCAUGUAGCUACCUCUUUCCCCGAACUGAUUCCUGAGAUGAGCACAAAGUUCGAGCAUUCAUUUUUCCUUUCUGAACCGUUGUUGCAGCACUGAAGCAAUGCGACUGGGUCGAUGAGAUUUUCCAGCCUUCAGUGUGUGUGUGUGUGUGUGCGCCUGUGUCCUGCAUCUCCAGUGAUUAAUGCAUGUGUUGUGUCUAUGUUACCAGAAAAUGUCAACAUCACAGGUGCUCUGAAGAUGUAAUGCAAUACUGUCGUGAUGACUCUAAUAUAGAUGUUGGAUUGAUCUGUUUUAGGCUUGGUUUCCCAAAAACAACUUAAAUCAAUUUCUGCUGCGGUCACACAGACCGCCUCCGUUCUUGUGGGUGUAAAUCUGAUUUCUAAGAUUGGGGGAAAAUAACUCAAAAGGUUUCCACACGGCCAUCAAUUCCUACUUCUACUAAAAGUUCACAACUCCAGCCGUGAUUUUGGCGCUAAGCUACUUUUGGGAACCCUCGUCUCGAUUCUUGUGGAAUCAGUGCGUGCGUCUCGGUCAGAGCAUGCCCACGAGUUGAGUGGCGAGGCCACUAACAGCAACUACUGCUAGAUGUAACUGUUUUAAUCAUGUUAUUUUACUCUUUGGGGUUAUUGUGUUUAAUGUCCUGGAUGUAGAGGAAGGGCAAGACAGAAAAAAUGUAUUAAAACAUGUUGGCCAAAGCAUUUGACCAAUUAUUUUGUCUCCUGUGGUUUUAUGGAACCGUUUUCCUGGAUUAUGUAUUCUGAGUUUAUUCAAACCAGUUUUGUUUCCCUUCAAAAUGUGAAAAAAAAAAAAAAAAAAA